UGUGAUGUAAUCACUAGGCGACGACGGGGUUCAUACUGGGGCUCUCCAGACCGACUGACUUUAAAGAACAGGUCCAAAAAGUCGUUUAGUGAGAAAAUCAUUCUAAAAUAUAUUUUAAACGUUGGCGCCCUGUAGUUUAAUACGUUGCUGUUUUUGUUCUGUAAUAGUGUACCGGCUGAUUUUGGCGUGGUUAUUGUAAUUCAUUGCAUCAGCAACAACGUGCUGCCACAAUACGUGCCUUAGAAUGAGCACCUAAUAUUUGUAGGAGCAAGCUGAAAGGUUAAUUUGUGGAAAUACUGUACAUUUUUGCACCACACAUUCGGUUUGGCAGCCCGAAAAGAUUGGAAUUUGCAGUAUGGAUGAAGGAGAGCUGGUAGAGUAUUUCAGGACGCAAAUGAGCCAGGAUCCUGAUGUGGCCUCUGCGGUUGCGGCCAUACGCUCACUUCUGGAGUUCCUGAAGAGAGAUCAGAGUGAGACCAUCCUGGGCCUGAGGGAGAACCUGACCAAAGCCAUAGGCCGACUGCAGGAGGCCGAUUCCUCUGUGGCUGUUUCCUCUGGAGGAGAACUUUUCCUACGAUUCAUCAGCCUCACCUCGCUGGAGAAUCCAGAUCUUUCACAGUGCAGGAAUGUGAUGAUCGAGAGAGGAGAACUCUUUCUGAAGAAAAUUUCUUUGUCUAGAGGCAAAGUGGCCAAACUCUGCCACACCUUUAUUAAAGACGGGGCUAAAAUCCUCACUCACUCCUCAUCCAGAGUUGUGCUGAAAGUUCUGGAAAGCGCUGCAGCUGAUAAGAAGCGUUUCACCGUCUAUGUCACUGAGUCGCAACCGGAUUCUGCUGGUAAACUCAUGGCAGACAAACUGCAAAGACUUAAUAUCCCAGUCACAGUGGUGCUUGAUGCUGCAGUUGGAUACAUCAUGGAGAAGGUGGACCUGGUAAUAGUUGGUGCUGAGGGGGUGGUAGAAAGUGGAGGCAUCAUUAAUAAGAUUGGAACCUACCAGAUGGCAGUAUGCUCCAAAGCGCACAACAAGCCGUUUUACGUAGUGGCAGAGAGUUUCAAAUUUGUGCGUCUUUACCCCCUCAACCAGCAAGAUGUGCCUCACAGAUUUAAGUAUAAAGCAGACACCCUGAAAACUGCAGAGGACCUCAACCAGGAGCAUCCCAUAAUUGACUACACCCCUCCCUCCCUCAUCACCCUGCUGUUUACUGAUUUGGGAGUGCUUACGCCUUCUGCGGUCAGCGACGAGCUCAUCAAACUCUAUUUGUAAUGCUCUUAGCUGCCCCUUACAGGGACACACAAUCAAAUCAAGAUCCACCUGACCUUAAUGCAAAUUCAUGUGGUUCAUCUCGGUUUAACUCCGCACCAACAGCCAUUAAAAUCUUCUUGAUUUCCAUUGGAUGAUCUGAUUUGAAUAUUCAUAUGACGUUUGUCUGCAUGCUUCAGUUGUGUUGUUAAAAAAAAGUUGUCCCACCCCUGACUUCCACAAUCCACAAUUUGACUAAUUUUUCUAAAAGAAUCAGAUUUGAGGAAACUGCCACCCAUGUUAUAUUCUUUAAGGUAGAGUGCUGUUACUUGUCAGCUUUGACUUUGUACUGGAAAUAUGGAGUAUAUGAAGUUCUUAGUUCACCAGUCUUUCUUAAAGAAGAAAGUAUGAUGUUAGUUUGGUUAUAAAAAUAUGAACUACUCAUUUGACUUUGUUAAUUUGCUUGUAUUAACUCUCAUCCUGGAAUUGUUAACACUUUAAUGAGUUCAACUUGUUUCAACCCUAGUAAUUACAAAAUUUAAUAGGUGUUAGAGAAGGAAAUUCACCAAAACAGUAAGCACCCUUGGCUUAUAUUAUUCAUGCUUGUAUAUAUGAACACAUUCAACAUGACUAUUAACCCACUGUAAAUGGAAGUUGAACUGAAGUAUUCAACCUGUAUGGUCUCAAAUGAUCUUCAAAAUGUGGUUUAAAGCAAUUUAGCAUAAUUUAUGGAGUACUGAAAAAGUGGCAUUCUCUAUGAACCAUAAAUUGUGACAGACUUAAAUUUAUGCCCCCUCACUUGAUACUGACUUUAUUCAAAAGUCAAAAUACAGAGCCCAGUGGAACUUCAUUUUGAACACUGGAAUAGUCCACUAUUUCCAUUACGGAGACUCAAAUUA